UCAUGCUACCCCAUUGUAACCCUUUCUUCUUAUCCUAAUUGCUUGUUCUCUGAAAACCCUCGAACAAAACCCUAACCCCAUCCCCAGCCGUCCCAACCUUCACCGUCCCUAACCAUGGACUCUGUCGUCAAGCAAGAAGUCCCCGAAUGCAAUGAUCAUCCCCUCCCGAGCCUAAAUGAUCGACUUCCGCAACUUUUCUCAAACAAUAUGAUUGACAGUAGUUCAAGCGGUUCUUCCGAUAUCGACGACCCCAACGACGCCGCGUUACCUUGUGAUUUACUCGCCCCUGCUUGGCCGCUCGUGAAGUUUGAGGAGCCUUUGCCUGUGACAGAGGCUUCGCCGGUGUCAGCGAUUUAUCCGGUUAAUAUGGUGGUGGAUGGUAGGGAAGCAAUACGUCCAGUUGUUGGCAGCUGUAAGCAGUUUUGGAAAGCCGGGGAUUAUGAAAUCAGUGAAGGUGGCGAUGCAGCUUUGACUACUUCUGUGGGCAUGGAUCGCGUCAGGGUCCAUCCUAAGUUUCUGCAUUCAAAUGCGACCAGCCAUAAAUGGGCUCUGGGAGCUUUUGCGGAGCUUCUAGAUAAUUCUCUAGACGAGGUCUGUAAUGGAGCUACAUAUGUUCUCGUAGAUGUGCUGGGAAACAAGAAAGAUGGUACUAAAAUGUUGCUAGUAGAAGAUAAUGGUGGUGGAAUGACUCCUGAUAAAAUGAGGCAGUGCAUGUCUCUGGGCUAUUCUGCAAAAAGCAAAAUUGCCAACACCAUUGGUCAAUAUGGAAAUGGGUUUAAGACGAGUACAAUGAGGCUAGGAGCAGAUGUUAUUGUGUUUUCACGCUGUCUAGGGAUUGAUGGACAAAGCCUCACACAAGGCAUUGGAAUGCUAUCCUACACAUUCCUGAGGGGUACUAAAAAGGAAGAUAUUGUGGUCCCCAUGAUUGAUUACGAGCAUACAGGACAGCAGUGGAACAAGAUGAUACGAUUUUCACUAAAUGACUGGAAUAGGAAUUUAGCAACCAUAGUGCAGUGGUCACCUUAUGAAAGUGAAGAAGAUCUUCUUAAGCAGUUCGAUUUCCUGAAACAUUGUGGUACGCGUAUAAUAAUAUACAAUCUCUGGGAAGAUGAUGGAGGAAGUCUGGAACUUGAUUUAGACACUGAUCAACAUGAUAUUCAACUUAAAGGAAACAACCGAGAUGAAAAGAGCAUACAAAUGGCAAAAAGAUAUCCAAACUCUAGGCACUUCUUAACUUAUCGACAUUCACUAAGGAGUUACGCAUCAAUUCUUUAUCUCAGACUUCCUUCUAACUUCAGAAUUAUUCUGCGUGGGGAAGAUGUUCAACAUCAUAGCAUAGUGAAUGACAUGAUGUUAUCACAGAAGAUAACAUACAAACCUCAGUAUAAUCCAGAGAUAAUGCCAGGAGCUUCAAAUAUGGUUGCUGAUGUGACUAUUGGAUUUGUAAAAGAUGCAAAAUAUCAUAUUGAUGUUCAGGGGUUCAAUGUUUAUCACAAGAACAGAUUAAUCCAGCCAUUCUGGAGGGUUUGGAAUGCUGCCGGGAGUGAUGGUCGCGGAGUUAUUGGUGUAUUGGAAGCUAAUUUUGUUGAACCAGCUCAUGACAAACAGGGCUUCGAGCGCACGCUUGUGCUUUCAAGACUCGAGCAACGAUUGGUGUUGAUGCAAAAGAAUUUCUGGUCUACAAAUUGCCAGGAAAUCGGUUAUGCUCCAAGACGACGUCCAGCUAAAGAAGCUUUGGAAUCUAAGAGAAGGAAGUCCACUUCAGGCACAAAUAAAAGAUCCCGACCACGAGAUCGUGCAAUUGAAGAUGGAGUUUUGCAUGAAGCACUACCACCUUCAGAUUCAAAGGUAGCUGCCAUAAACGAAGUUCGGCACGUAACCCCUGACAGUAAUUCAAAGAUUGUAAUCAAGGUGGACGAAGAUGAUAACGAAUCUGGCAAAAGAUUGAUGGAACUUCAUGCGACUGAGUUGCUAUCCAAUUUACAGCAGGAAAGAGAGAAGUGUAAAGCACUUGAAAUUCAACUUCAAGAGAAACAACAACAAAUAGAGGAGCUGGAUAAAGAGCAAGUAGUUCUGGUUGAUAUGAUCUCUGAAGAAAGGAGCCGCCGAGAUGCACUGGAGGAGAAAUUGAGGAAAAGUUUGAAGGAUGCAUCCACGACUAUUGAUUUCCUGCUUGACAAGGUAAAUCGGCUGGAAGAAGGCAGGAAGGAUUAAAGGUGCAAUCAAAAUUAGGAAUACUGGAGGCUGGAGCUGAAUUAGCUUAUGUCUCUGACCAGCCUUGAUGAUCAAUACACUGUUGCCUCACAGAUAGAGAGUAGUGCGUUCAUAUGGUUUGUGAUAAGAAUAGAAAAGAGGUUGUGCUCCACCUUAAAUUUGAUGUGUAUAUAUAUAUAUAUAUAUAUGGAGGACAAACCCCUCGUACAUGCAUGUAUAAACUUUUUAGAUGCUAUUAGGAAGCUAUUUUUGUUGAUACAAACGAUAUUAUAUUUUGCAUGAAUUAUUACAUUUUUUAUACUUUAAA